AAACAGGAUCUAUAACUCGAAUCCUUCAGAAUGAUAAAAACAACAGGAAAUAGCCAUGAGGUUUAGAACUUGAAAUGUCUGUAAAUCAGGUUAACUGAAAACCGUAGGUGAAUAGUAGCUAGAAGGGAAGAGACCAGGGGAAGGCUUAAGCAUAGAUAGUAGGAUAAUUUUGAAAUGGAUUAUGUAGGAUAUAAAAGAGUGAACUGAAUUCAUCUGGUUCAAGAUGGAGUUCAGUGGCGGAUUCUUGCGAACAGAGUACUCAAGGCACUGAACACUGGAUUCCAUAAAAUACGAGAGCAUUGUUUUGAGUACGUGAGGGAUUAGUAGUUUUUCAACAACCCCCAGCUCCCUUCCUACCAGUGGAGAUAAUUACUCAUAAACUAGAUAACAAUAAAAUGUUUCGUAACGGCAGUGUAAUUUCUAUUGCCUAUUCAUAUUAUUUCUUCGGGUAGGAAAGCGGCGAUAACGAUCUACUAUGCCUUGAAUAUCCGUUUAUGAGUUUCAAUGUUUGAACCUUCCUUGUAGCAGGAGUUGCUAUUAUUUUAAUUAAUUAUUUAGAAAUGACCCUUAAUUUCAACAACAUAUGCCGUCUCUGCAUGGUACAAAAUGAUCUGCUAUUACCUCUUUUCGAUCGUGAUAAAACGUAUCUUCCUGCUAGAAUUAUGUCGCUGGCACCAAACAUUAAGGUAUGUGCUGGUGAUGGCCUUCCAGCGCAGGUCUGUGAGCAUUGUGUGCAUCAGAUAGACACAUCAUACAAUUUCAAGUUGCAGUGUGAAAAUUCAGAUCUCGCACUACGGCAGUAUGUAAAUGGCAAGCGAUCAGAUAUUCAUGCCACUCAGGGAACAUGUGAAGAUGGUCAGGAUUUGGCUGAUGCAGUUGUUAAUGGUGAAGAAUGCUGGGAGAGAGUGUCAGUGAAGGUAGAAGUAAAAGAAUUGCCAGAUGGUGUAUGUUCUUUGGAGCAUGCUGCUGACUGCUGUUUAAAACCUGAUUCUUCUGUAAAAAGAAUUUGUAAAAGUUCUUGUAAUAAUGUUACUAAGUAUUCAUCCACGAUUGCUGAAGUUUCAUUUGCCGAUAAUAGCCAGCACUUACUUAAUGAAGAAAAAUUAUGCCAUGGACUGGAUCAAAACAAACAACUCAAAUCCCAUACUGUCAAGAACAAAUAUAUUUGCCAAGACUGUGGAAAAAAUUUCCCACAAAAGAGUAAUUUGAUAGCCCACACAAGAACGCAUACAGGUGACAAACCAUUCUGCUGUACGAAGUGUGGGAAAUGCUUUGGGCGACGAAGUACAUUACAGGAUCACAUGAAAACUCACACAGGAGAGAGGCCGUAUUUGUGUGAAGAGUGUGGUAAACAUUUUGCAAGAAGUAGUCAUCUCAAAGUUCACUUGAAAGUUCAUUCUGGAGAAAGACCGUUCUCCUGUAAUGAAUGUGGGAAAAGUUUUGCUCAUGGUUGCCAUCUGAAAGAUCACUUGGUUACCCACUCAGGAGAUAAGCCAUUUUGCUGCACUGAGUGUGGAAAAUGUUUUACCAGUAGUAGUAUUUUUAAACGGCACAUACUAAGACAUUCGGGAGAAAAGCCAUUUGGUUGUAGCGAGUGUGGUAAACGUUUUAGUGGAAGUAGUGAUUUAUAUAUACAUACUAGGACCCACACUGGAGACAAGCGUUAUUGCUGUCCUGAAUGUGGCAAAAGAUUUCUUCUAGGUUGUCAUUUGAAGGACCAUAUGAAAAUACAUUCUGGGGAAAAGCCAUAUUCAUGUUUAGAAUGUGGUAAAUGUUUUGCACGUAAGCAAGUUCUUAAUAAACACUGUAAGUCUCACCGUUAGAAUUA